UCUGUGUACAGUACACAGUGUACUGUUUGGUAUAUUUAGUCAUACUGUAUUAAUAAGCACCAACUGACCAGUGUCCAUUUAAUAACUGUUUUACGUGAUGGCCAACUGGUGAUCCCAUUGUCCACAGACACCGAUCGCAGUGCCAUCCAAAGCAAUGGUCAGAGUGUUUGACACGGAAGAGGACAUCAAAUCGGAUGGUCGCUCCUGUUCUGCCAUUCGUGAGGAUCUGAAGUACUGCAUCAAUGCCACCGAUUGUGUCCGAAAAGAUCGCAAGACUCCGCGCGAGUGCCUUCGCGAACGACACCCAUCUGUUCCGGAAGAAUGCCAUCAAUUAAGAAAUUUGUUGUAUGAAUGCAAACGAAGUUUGGUGGACUUCAGGACCCGCUUCAGAGGACGCAAAGGCUAUUCAGGCAUUGAUACCUGAAUUGACCACUCGUGUGGCCAUUGAUUGUCUCAUUAAUCGCUGAGUUUUUGUGUAAUAAUAUAUACUUUUAUUUUAAUAUUAUUUAGUCAUUUGAGUCUUAAACACAUAAUUAAAAACAAAAAACGUAUAGAAAGUGUAGAAUAAAUGGUAAAUAAAAUCAAAUGAAUUCAUGACUAGAAGUGUG